CAAAAUAGUUUUGACUCUGUCUGAGGCAUACCAUUGAAUAUGCCUAUACUUGAGUAUGUGUGUUUUAUGCAGUUAUCAACGGGUGUGGGAAAAAUGUCCGUCACUGAAAUCCUAUCACAGACAAUCUCUUUGCACUUAAAAGGGAUAGUUCACUCAAAAAUUAACAUUCUGUCAUCAGUUACUCUCCCUAAUGCUGUUUCAAACCUGUAGGAUUUUCUUUCUUCUGCAGAAUACAAAAGAAGAUAUUUUGAAACAUCUUUUAGCUAUUUUUUUCCAUAUAAUGAAAGUUUAUUUGUAAUAUUUUACCUACAAGCUUUUCAGUUUUUUUUUUAAAUCCUAAGACCUGUGCAAAUGUUUGGGGUCAGUAAGAUUUUUUAAAUGUUUUUGAAAGAAGUCUCUUAUGCUCACCAAGACUGCGUGUAUUUGGUCAAAAAUAGUCAUGUUGUGAAAUAUUAUUACUGGAUGCACUGAUACUAUUUUUUAAGGACAGAGUACCGAGUUUUUCUAGUACUCGCCGAUACCGAUAGCGAUGCCUAUACAUUUAGUUUUUUGAAUGGAAGUCUAUGGGAGCACUCGGGGCAAAUCUCGGCCAAAGUGAAAUUGCCCAAAAAGAGGCGGUACUCCACAGAACGUGAUUGACGCUGAUUGGACUAUAGCCUAUAUCCAGAGGCAGAACAAAACAGCCUAGCAGUGACAGCUAGCGUAACACUGUGGUUGAAAAAAAUCCGUCCCUUUCUCACUUUGGUGGUGCGUCGCCCUAAUGAAGAAACCGCCCCUGCUUCAAAGGGCAUAAUUACCAAUAAAUAUAAUUGUUGUUAUAUAAAAAGAAAUUUACAAACAAAUUACAACAAUACAACAAAUACUAUAGAGAUACAAAUUAAAUAAACUUGUUUUUCAGAUACAGUAGGUUUAUUUACCAUGUAUACAUUUAUUUAACAUCUUUUGUUGUUUUAUUAACAUUAAUGACAAAUAUAGGCUACGGUCCCUUUAAGACCGAAUCCAUGGAUACUGACACAUAUCCUGUUUUCACCCAAAUGUUUACGUCGCCUGAAGCCAUAACCGACUGUAUUUACGUGAGAUACUCUACACGAUGGACAUUUUGACAAUUAUGUGUGCCUUUGACCAUUCAGGCGCGAGGAGAACUGAUCGCGCGCUGUCUGAGAGAACUGGGAUCGCGCGCAAGAAAGAGAGAGAGAGCGCGCGAGAGAGAGCGCUUCUGGCCUGCGUUCAGCCCCGACAAAACGUUGCAAAACGUUUUUUAAACGGAAACAGUGGUUAUGUUUUUACAACGUCUUCAGUGUGGAGAGUAAUUCUCUUAAUGGGAGUUCACAUAACCAUGACAAUGGUUUAGCUUUGACUUUCCAGGUUUGAAUGGAUGAUACCUGGUAACAGCUGCCAUGUUUUCCUGUAAUGGCAGCUCAUUGGAGGAGUGUGGCCUUCUUGAACCAAUGGAAACUGAGAUGCAAGAGUCUGAUACUGCCCUCAUGCCCACCACUCUCAGGGUGGCACUGGCUGCCAUCAUGAUCUUCAUGAUCACCAUCGGUUUCCUCGGCAAUGCCAUUGUGUGUCUGAUAGUGUAUCAGAAACCAGCCAUGCGUUCAGCGAUUAAUCUGCUCCUGGCCACGCUGGCCUUCUCUGACAUCAUGCUGUCAUUGCUAUGCAUGCCAUUCACCGCCGUCACUCUCGCAACUACGGACUGGAGCUUUGGAGUGGGAUUCUGCCGCGUGUCCGUCAUGCUGUACUGGCUGUUUGUUCUGGAAGGUGUGUCCAUCCUUCUGAUCAUCAGCGUCGAUCGCUUCCUCAUUAUAGUUCAGCGGCAGGACAAGCUGACGCCACAUCGGGCGAAAAUUCUCAUUGCCGCGUCAUGGGCUCUGUCGCUCUGCGUGUCCCUACCGUCCGUGGUUGGCUGGAGGACAGCUGGGAUCGGUGCGCAAGUGCCGCAAUGCAUUCUGGGAUACAGCGAAUCGCUGGCGGACCGGGGUUACACGGUUCUGCUAGCGGUCACGGUGUUUUUUGUGCCAUUCGGUGUGAUGUUGUAUUCCUACCUGUGUAUUCUCAACACGGUGCGACGCAACGCGCUGCGCAUCCACAAUCACACCAGUGAAGGCAGCGUCGCCAUCAACCAUGUCAGCAAGUUAGGUUUAACCGGUCUACAGCGGCCCCAAGUCAAUGUGGACAUGAGUUUCAAAACCAGGGCCUUCACCACCAUCCUCAUCCUUUUCAUUGGCUUCUCUGUAUGUUGGUUGCCACAUACGGUGGUGAGCCUGCUGGCGGUGUUCAGUAGACGCUUCUACCUCAGCCCAGCGUUUUACCCGGUCAGCAUCGGGGCGCUGUGGUUGAGUUACUUAAAAGCGGUUUUCAACCCUGUGAUAUAUUGCUGGAGAAUCCGAAAGUUUCGUGAGGCCUGUCUGGAGUUUAUGCCCAAGACUUGUCAUCUCUGUCCCAAGAUUCCCGGGAGAAGUCGCAGGCGUAUAAGACCCAGCAACAUCUAUGUGUGCAGCAGUGAGACCCAGUCUUCAGUCUAGGAUUUGCGCCAAAGUAUGUUUAAUAUUGACAAGCCAAGAAUGAAAGAUGAUGUUUAGAUGUAAAACACUUAAGUCAUGGUUUCAAGGGACUGUGUCCUUGAAAUCCCACGGAGAUGAGAACGCUUAUGAAUUGAAUACUUGACAAAUACCUCCUUCUAUCAUAGUCUGCAGUGAUGAAGGAAAAAGCAUUCAAAUUCAUCAAAGCAAUAUUCAUAUAUGUUCCUGAACUAGGUCCUGAACUGAAUUUCUUUGAUUUCAGUUGGAAAGAUUUCACAUGUUCUGCAAUUUUGUAAAACAUGGAAGUUGUCAAAUAAAGUAACUAAACUGGUGAUUUA